GGGGCCCCGAGGGAUGGCCCCGGGGCGCCCAGAUAAGAGCGCGCCGCGGGCGGGAGGCGGGCCCGGGCCCCGCGAUGUCGCCCGUGCUGCUGAGCCUGGCCGCGCUGUGCUGGGGAGCCGUGUCCCCCGAGCCGACGAUUCAGUGUGACUCUGAACCCGGACCAUCUCCAGAGUGGAUGGUCCGACAUACUCUGACCCCGGGAGACUUGAGGGACCUCCAGGUGGAACCUGUUAAAAGCAGUGCUGCAAUGGAGGACUAUUCAAUUUUGAUGAAUGUAAGCUGGAGACUCCGGGCAGAUGCCAGCAUUCGCUUGUUGAAGGCCACCAAGAUCUGUGUGACAGGCAAGGGCGACCACCAGUCCUACAGCUGCGUGAGGUGCAAUUACACAGAGGCCUUCCAGACUCAAAGCAGACCCUCUGGUGGCAGAUGGACGUUUUCCUACAUAGGCUUUCCUGUAGAGCCCAGCACACUCUACUUCAUUGGAGCCCACAAUAUCCCCAACGCAAAUAUGAAUGAAGACCCCCCUUCCAUGUCUGUGAACUUCACCUCAGCAGGCUGCCUAGACCACAUAAUGAAAUACAAAAAAAAGUGCAUCGAGGCAGGAAGUCUGUGGGAUCCAGACAUCACUGCUUGCAAGAAGAACGAGACGACGGUAGAAGUGAAUUUUACAACCAGCCCUCUUGGAAACAAAUACAUGGCUCUCAUCCAAAAUAACAUUGUAAUUGGGUUUUCUUACAUGCUGGAGAACCAACCCCCAACUCGAGCUUCGGUGGUGAUCCCAGUAACUGGGGAAAGUGAAGGUGCUGUGGUCCAGCUGACUCCGUAUUUCCAUACUUGUGGCAAUGACUGCAUCCGACGCAAAGGGACAGUUGUGCUUUGCCCACAAACAGGCAGAAGCAUAUUGGGUGGCUGGCUGCCUCUCUUCCUCUCAGCUCUGCUAGUAGCCACAUGGGUGCUGGUGGUUGUGAUCUAUCUAAUGUGGAAGCAUGAAAGGACCAAGAAGGCUUCCUUCCCUACCACCACGCUACUGCCCCUCAUUAAGGUUCUUGUGGUCUACCCAUCUGAAAUCUGUUUCCAUCACACAGUUUGUUACUUCACUGAAUUUCUUCAAAAUCAUUGCAGAAGUGAGGUUAUCCUUGAAGAAUGGCAGAAAAAGAAAAUAGCUGAGAUGGGUCCAGUGCAGUGGCUUACCACUCAGAAGAAAGCAGUUGAUAAAGUCAUCUUCCUUCUUUCCAAUGAUGUCAGCUCCAGUUGUGAUAACACCUGUGGCCAGAGGGAGGGCAGCCCGCACGAGAGCUCCCAAGACCUAUUCCCCCUGGCCUUUAACCUCUUCUGCAGCGAUCUGAGAAGCCAGACUCCUCUUGACAAAUACAUGGUAGUCUAUUUUAGGGAUGCUGAUAUCAAAGAUGAAUACAGUGCGCUCAGUGUCUGCCCCAAGUACCACCUCAUGAGGGAUGCUGCUGCUUUCUGUACAGAACUCCGCGUCAAGCAGCCAGGGUCAGGAGGAAAGAGACUGACAGCCUGUUUCCUAUAGCCCACCCAUGAGAAAUGAGGGGCCUUGAAGCCUUCUUACCCACAGGGGGAAGGUAUCUCAGAUGAUUCUGAAGGUUCCUAUAUGGGCUACAUGCAGGAAAUAUUUUGUAUACACCUGCUUUAUGUAGCAAGAAAAAUAGGAUUCAAAACAAUACAUAUGCCUUAGUUUAAUUAGAACUUUUAUGCCAAUGAAACUGUUACAAAUACUAACUACUGUUGCAUUAACUGAAGGACAGAAACUAAAUUUAUAAAGCUAAAUCAACUUCAUACCUAAAAGUCAAGGAGACUUAAAAUGCAGAACUAAAACCACUGAUAACAACAAAGCAUCUUCCAGGAGAACAUCCAGUCUUGAAUAGCCCACGCACUGCACUGUAAGCAAAAUUAUUUAUUUCUGUGACAUUCUGAACUUAAGUUAGUGAAUACCAAAUUUAAGAAAACCUUUGCUGCUUCACUAGUAACUUCAUAGGUGAAAAACCCUCUAUUAUAUACAAAAGCUAUUUUAAAGAAAACAGAAUAGGUAAUAACAAGCUGAACUCCUCUUUGCUGACCAGAUGAUGUAGUAUAUGUAUAGCCAUUUGUAUUAUCUGGCACUUGCAUAGGACCUUCCUGCCCUGAACUAGAUUCAUGUCCUAUCUGAUUCUUGUACAGGUGACUUUUAACAUGAUUACCAACAUCCAUUACCUGCAGACCUAAUGUCUACUUUGGCCCAGUUAUCUUUAAGAGGUUAUUGUAAGAGUUCAGAGUUUCUUGGUGAAUAUGUAACUUUUCCUGUUCAAAACACAAUUCCUGCUCCAUCGAAAGUCAGCCCUCUUGAAAUAAUUAGGCUUUUUAUAAAUGGAAUUAUAAUGGUUUGCCCGAAUAAAAAAUUACCAAGAGCUAGAAAUGUAUGGUAUUUAAAGUCUCCCAACUUCUUUUUAUAAAAGAAUCUUUUUCUUAACGCAGAGAUUACCAAGAGGCCAUUUAUAUUAGCACACAAUUUUUCUAGGAAUGCUUGUCUCUCUCACACAGUGCAAUACUGAAUCUGCCCUAGAAUGUGGAUCAGCUUUUGAUGGAUAACUUUUGAAAUGUAUUUGUGAAGUGUUAAAGCUAACCUUAAAGGGACAGGUCUUACAGAUAAAAUAAAAAACAAAAUAAGGAAGCACAGAAUGAAAACUCACCAUGUCCAACUUCACAAGCAGACACUUGGUAAUGGUGAGGCAAUAUGUUUAAUGUGGUUAAACUCACUUGUCAUGAACAGUUUUCAAGGCGCUUUUAAGUGCUAGUAACAAAAGACGGACAAAGCUUAUGUCAAAACUUGGACCAGAAACCAACUUCCUCUGAAUCAGUAUCUACCAGUUAUAAGGGUAAUAGGUUACUAUGUAAAAAACCAAUUAUACAUAAAAUACAUUUUGCUUUUGGAACUAGGUAGACAUUAAUAAAUUGGGGUGAAACAGUGCAGAAAAAUAAAUAAAAUCAAUAUUGUAUAAAUUUAUUUUGUUAAAAUUUUUAAAAAAUAAAGAGUACACAAUCUUA